GAUUUCAAAGUGGGUAUGAAAGUGGAAACUUACGACCCUCGGAACUCUACCUCCGUGUGUAUCGCCACUGUGAUGGGACUGAUGGGAACACGUCUGCGACUGCGGUUGGAUGGCAGCGACAGCACCAAUGACUUCUGGCGACUGGUCGACUCUUCUGAUAUUCAGCCAAUCGGCACGUGUGAGAAGAGUGGAGACAUGCUGCAGCCACCACUAGGUUUCCGAAUGAAUGCGUCCUCCUGGCCCAUGUUCCUGUUAAGAACGUUAAGUGGAGCGGAAAUAGCACCAGCUUCGGCAUUUAAAAAGGAGCCACUGAAACCAUUGCAAAACCACUUCAAAGUUGGUAUGAAGCUAGAAGCAGUGGACCGAAAGAACCUGUGCCUGAUCUGCCCCGCCAGCAUCGGAAAGGUGCGUGGAGACGAAGUUUUCAUCAUGUUCGACGGCUGGCGUGGAGCCUUUGACUACUGGUGCAAGUACUACUCCAGGGACAUCUUCCCCAUCGGCUGGUGCCACCUGACCAACCACACCCUCCAGCCACCUGGUACCAACUUCACUCUCCCUAAGAGCUUGAUUCCUUCGCUGUCCCCGUCCCGAUCGUGGCGCCGCUCCAUGCAGUCCCCAUACCAGCUUCCUCACCCUCUGCCCCCACUGCCCGUCAGGAAGGGCGUGCGGGGCCGCCGGCCCAAGAGCCAGACCAUCGCCAUGCUGAAGGCCAUACAGAACAGCCAGUCGCAGAGUAGCGCAAAUAAAAGCGCCGAGCCUGAACACCUGGAACCCAGGCUGCACAAAAAGAGAGGCCCCAAACCUGGCAGCAAGAGGAAACCGAGAGUUCUUCCUCCUCUGUCCAGCUCGUCUCUGUCCUCGUCUGUCUCAGAUGGCCGGCUGUCCAGUCUCCAAAUGACCAAAGAUUCUGGAGUGUUAUCCACAGUGUGUGUAUACGUGAACAAGCAUGGCGAGUGUGGCCCUCAUCUGGACCGAAAGCUGAUGCUGCAGCUGCCGGAUCAUUUUGGACCAGGCCCGGUGAACACGGUGCUGCAGCAUGCCGUACAGGCAUGUGUGGACUGCGCAUACCAGCCCAAAACUCUCUUCAGCUUCCUGCAGUCGCAGUCAGACGGCGGAGAGAUCAUCCGAGUUCGCUCUGAUGGAGGGAUCCACUAUGUUAAGUUACCUCGAGCCUCCAGCGCUUCAUUCGUGCUGCGCUUCCUCGAGACUCUGUGCCACCAUUUGCAGGCUGACAACCUGUUCAGCAGCCAGCCGUUCAGCCCACUCACCGCUAACACACACAACGCUUACGACAGGAGCAAGUCAGUGAAGGAAGAGACGUCGGAAGCAUUAUCUAUAGUGCGCGGCAACAGACGCUUCACCAGAGACUCCUCCACUUACAGCACUCCGACUCCUACAAACCCACCGAGAACAGACACACACUCUCCAGAAGCAGAAACACUCCCAUCAGAAAACGGUGUCUCUGCUGAGCAGCAUUUCUCCGAGGAGCCCAUGGACACAAGUUCUGCACCGUCUCGGCCUCCUGCGCUGCGCAGUACAACCGAGCACCACAAUCCAGCUGGGAACAGCCCACACUACACUCCCCAGCAACCCCCUCCGCGCCGCGUUGCCUCCAACCCAUCUGAGCUGGCCACCACACGCAUGCUCAGACGAGUGGAAGCUGCCAGUUCUACCACUGGUCCAGAUCACCAGACAACUGAGCAAGAGACGUCCAACAGGAGCCCAUCCUCAUGGAGCAUAGAGGAAGUGAUGCAGUUUGUGCGGGAUGCAGACCCUCAGGCCCUAGCGCCUCACGCCGAACUCUUCAGGAAGCAUGAGAUCGAUGGCAAGGCUUUAAUGCUACUGCGAAGCGACAUGAUCAUGAAGUACAUGGGGCUGAAGCUGGGUCCUGCUCUCAAACUGUGCCAUCAUAUCGAAAAACUUAAACAUGGCAAACUGUAGCUGGCUUUGCUUGAGCACAGCAUACGCACACGGCCUCCGGUGGGGGGGCACACAGAGUCCCGUUGCAGUUCGACCCGGACGAGGACCUGAAGAUGGAUUUGCUUGGGGCUGACGUAAAUACCAACCCCAUGUAUUGAGAAAGUUGAGCUUAAUAAAUCAGGCUAGUUGAAGUGUGAACGUUGUAAAAACAAGCAACAACAAUCAUAAAACGAAGCAAACCGUCAAGCUUGUGAGAGCCAAAAUUGUUGUCAGGGUCUUUUAGACAGUGGCAGGGGGACAAAAUACUCGUCUUACUAAACUAAUUUUAUAUAGGGAUCAUCUUAGACACAAACGCGGGUUCAAUACUGCCACUACCGACCUCAGCACCUCCUUUUGUGAGAAGGAACAAUGCAGGAACUAUUCAGCAGCUGGACUAAGCUGAAUCCCAAAGGAUUUCUUUGUCUAUUUGACAGAACCAUGUUGACACUGUACUCUUGCCCCCCUUUUGCCCCCAACAGUGAUGAAAAAAAAAAAAACCAAAACACACAGAAGGUAAUGACGAACCAUCAUGUCUUAUUUAGUAGCGAGCUUUACGUCCUCUUUUAUAAGUGAACGAAACUCUGUAACAUCAGACAAGGCUGUUAUAAAAUAACCACUAAAACCAUUUACUGUAAUUAUAUUUAAACACAUUUCCGACUGUGAAAUCAGAAACACUUUUAUUUCCACAAGACAUCAUCAUAAGCCAAAAUAUAGAAGGCAGCUAUUCAUUAUCCAUCAUAGUAUAAAGUCAAGAGUGUUAGCACGAAUCAGUUUACUGCAACCACUGCUCAUUUUAUUUUAUUUUUUAAUUUAUUACUCCUCAGGUUGCCAAUGUUUUUUGCUUUUCAUUUAUUUAUCCACUUGUUAAAUCAUGCCAUCAUUUUCCAGUCAAUUUAGAAAUUGACAUAAAUGUCUAUAUACAAUUCAUCCUUAUUUAUACGAUUUACGUAACAUUAUAUACGGGUUAAAGUUUACAAAAAAAGUUCUGAAGACGUCUGUGGUCACAGUCGAAGUCACAGACACCAAAGAGCUCUUUAUUGACCAUUGGACCUUUUUAUAGAUAGGAUACCACUUAUUCAAAUUAAAAAUGAAUUCAUUCAUGAAGAAUAAUCCCAGGCUGUGAAUUAUAGCAGAGAAAUAUAUACGCACAUUGUUGGUGGGGUGAAAUUCUCUUCUGCUACCACAGAAUUUAAUUUAAUGUCAAUCCAUAUAAAGGACACCAUUUUACUAAAACAUUGAUCAGACUUCAUACUGACUUCACUUGUUGAUUGUUUCUCAACUCGGUCACAAUAAUCUAAUCCCUGACAUUUUGUCUGGAAUUAGAUUAUCGUUUAUGUAAGUGAUUUCUUGGUUUUGUUUUUCAUAUUUCUGUGUUUUGAUGCUAUUUCAGUCUUAAUGAGCACAAUGCUGCUUUUCUAAAAAAAAAAAUUUGUAUACUUUUAUAUGUGUGUUGUUAGUUUAAUCGGAUUAGCUCUUAGGGCAUCCCUACAUUUCUGUUAUUCUCAGGUUCAGGUUUUCAUUUAUUUGUACUUUUCUACAAUAGCGUAAACUGCUUGCAUUAAAUAAUUUUCACAAUUCUUUCAUAUGUUUCACUGGAACAAAACUUGAAAGAGGGUUUUUGU